AUGACUAGCGAAGGGCCAAGGAGACAUGGCCAGAUGAAAAUUCUGCUAACGAUUUUGUGUGCCAAGAACAUCGGCAAGAAGGAUUUCUUUCGUUUGCCUGAUCCAUUUGCCAAGAUCACAGUUGACGGAUCUGGUCAGUGCCAUUCUACAGAUGUUUGCAAGAACACACUAGACCCCAAGUGGAACCAGCACUAUGACCUGUACGUGGGCCCUAAAGAUUCCAUCACCAUCAGUGUGUGGAACCACAAGAAGAUUCACAAGAAACAGGGAGCAGGAUUCCUGGGCUGUGUCAAGAUCAUGUCCAACACCAUACAGCAGCUCAAGGAUACCGGAU